AUGACCCUCUCUUGCUGCCCACCUUGCUGUCAGCCUGGCUGCUGUAAGACCACCUACUGCUGGACAACUUGCUGCCCACCCUGCUGCCCUGAAUCCAGCUGCCCUGAGUCCAACUGCUGCAAGCCUUGCUGCCCACCAAGUUGCUGCAGCAAACCCUGCUCCCAGCCUGGCAGCAGCAACAUCAACAUAAAAACUGACAGCACUGAGUCCCAGCCCUGCUGCCCACCAACCUGUGGUGAAAGCACCUGCUGCAAGACCACCUGUUGCAAACCAACUGGUGUGAGCAUCUGCUGCAGCACACCCUGUUGCCAGCCCUGCUGCUGUGUGCCCACCUGCUGCCAGCCCUGCUGCCAGCCCAGCUCCAUAAAGAUCUGCUGUCAGCCAACCUGUUCUGAAACCACCUGCUGCAAGACUACCUGUUGCAAAUCAAAUUGUGUGAGCAUUGGUUGCAGCACACCCUGCUGCCAGCCCUACUGCUGUGUGCCCUCCUGCUGCCAGCCCUGCUUCUUCCAGCUGUGCUGCCAACCAACUUGCUCUGAAACCAGCAGCUCUGAGACCACCUCUUUCAAACCAACCUGUGUGACCAUCAGCUGCAGCACUCACUGCUGCCAGUCCUGCUGCUGCUGA